AUGGGUAGAGACAUCCCAGAUAAUGAGACAUGGUGGUACAAUCCCACCAUGGAGGUCCACCCUCAUUGGAAACAAUUUGAUCAAGUACCAGACGCUGUUUACUACGCCCUUGGUAUUUUCAUUGGUAUCUGUGGUAUUGUAGGAUGUGGUGGCAAUGGUAUUGUCAUUUAUCUUUUCACUAAAACGAAAUCCCUCCAGACUCCAGCCAACAUGUUUAUUAUUAACCUGGCUUUCUCCGACUUUACUUUCUCCCUGGUGAACGGUUUCCCCCUCAUGACAAUUUCUUGCUUCAUAAAAAAAUGGGUCUUUGGAAAUGCAGCCUGUAAAGUAUACGGCUUCAUCGGCGGUAUUUUUGGUUUGAUGUCUAUCAUGACCAUGGCAAUGAUCUCUAUUGAUCGUUACAACGUAAUAGGAAGACCAAUGGCUGCGUCAAAGAAAAUGAGUCAUCGAAGGGCUUUCCUUAUGAUCAUCUUCGUCUGGAUGUGGUCAACACUAUGGUCUAUCGGACCCAUUUUUGGCUGGGGUGCAUACGUACUGGAAGGCGUCCUCUGCAAUUGCUCCUUUGAUUAUAUUACUAGAGAUUACACUACACGAUCCAACAUUGUCUGCAUGUACAUCUUUGCUUUCUGUUUCCCCAUUUUGAUGAUUUUCUUCUGCUAUUUCAACAUCGUCAUGUCUGUGUCCAACCACGAGAAAGAGAUGGCAGCUAUGGCCAAGAGAUUGAACGCCAAGGAACUGCGAAAAGCUCAGGCAGGUGCUAACGCUGAAAUGAGACUAGCCAAGAUUUCAAUCGUCAUUGUCUCUCAGUUUUUGCUCUCCUGGAGUCCUUAUGCUGUAGUAGCUCUACUCGCCCAGUUCGGCCCAAUCGAGUGGGUAACACCUUAUGCCGCACAGCUGCCUGUAAUGUUCGCCAAGGCUUCUGCUAUUCACAAUCCACUCAUCUACUCUGUCUCUCAUCCUAAAUUCAGAGAGGCUAUCGCAGAAAACUUCCCGUGGAUCAUUGCAUGCUGCCGAUUCGACGAGAAGGAAGUUGAAGAUGAAAAAGAUGCAGAGGCUGAGAUUCCUGCUACUGAGCAGAGUGGCGGUGGCGGUGGUGAGAGCGUUGAUGCUGCCCAAAUGAAGGAAAUGAUGGCCAUGAUGCAGAAGAUGCAACAACAACAAGCCGCUUACCCACCACAAGGAUACCCACCACCACAGGGAUACCCACCACAAGGUUAUCCACCACCACCACAAGGAUACCCACCACCACCACCACAAGGAUACCCUCCACAAGGCUACCCACCACCCCAAGGAGCACCUCCACAAGCAGCCCCACCUCAGGGGGUUGACAACCAGGCCUACCAGGCUUGA